AUGGCGCCGGCAACGUCGAAGAAGCGGUCAGCCACGGCAUCAAACCCGGAACCAGCAGCUGCCCCUUCCAGACCAUCUAUUCAGAACAAUGCCGCUGCUGCGAAUAAUACCAUUCCCGCAACCCAGAUGGCCUUUGGCAUGAGCCACAUUGUCAUCUAUCAAGAGCUCAUGACCAUGCGUCGUACUCUUGAUGACAUCUCUCGAUGUCAGCGGAAAAGCGACGAGACUGAAAAGAACAGCGAGACGAGGCUGCAAGAGCUGCAACCCAUACCCAAACGACUAGAUGAUCUGGGAGCCGAACUGAACCAUCACUACGCAGCAGCAGAGGAAAAGAUCCGUAAGCAGGAGCAAGAGCUUAGAGCUUUGGCAAAUAGGCUCUUUCAAAGCGACGAGGAGAGGGCAGCCUUGGGCCUCAAGGUUGAGCAACUCGUAGCUAAGCAGUCCUUGCAAGCGACGCAAGAAGACCCGGACAACUCUCGGGUUGUUGAUAGGAAGAGGCUUCGAGCUGUUGACGGCGAUGAACACAUCUCGGCACCAUCUGAGCCUCAACAGCAACCGAAAAAACCACGCAUUAACGUCAGCAAACCCAAGCAUACAGCCGCCCCUCUGCCAGUGACAGCCCCCAGGUCCAGACCGGCGAAACCGAAGGCUUCCAAGCGCGCCCAAACGCGAUUCGAGACCUUUCAGAUAUACAAGCAAUGUAAAAUGGACGCGUACUUCCGAGCGCCUCACAGAAAGGGUAACGAAUUGAGAAAAUUCAUCAACGAUUUCAUUCAAGGCAUUGAAGACGACGGAAUUUCUUAUACUGUGCAGGAGAACCUCCUGGAAAGGUUUUCUUCAGUUCGGAAACUGAAGACCCGCACAGGAUCACGAUUCAUUGCCAUAGGGAAUGACCUCCGUUGGGAUGAUGUUUGUCAGGUCGUGGAUGACCCGAAGUUACGAGAGUUUUCAGGCUGAGAUGCAGGCUCAGGGUGCAGAACAUUUGAUAUCGGGUGGAGCAUAUAUAUGGAAUGGUUGUAAGGUCUCGAGCUCUAGGAAGUGACGCGUAAUAGGGCGAGAAGAUAGCAAUGGCGGUAAUCAAUAGGCAGCGUGGCAGCAUAGCUUGUAUCCGGAAUUGCCCCAGAUAUCCGUACUGUGAACGACUUGCUUUCAACGAACUUAUUGUUCAG